AUGGCAACCUCGCUCUCACGUUUCGCAAUUCUCCUUCAGUUUCUUUCUCUCAUAUUUAACCUCGCAAGUUCUGAAUCUUUCAUCGGCGUCAACUAUGGACAGGUUGCCGACAACCUUCCCCCACCUUCCGAGACGGCGAAGCUGCUCCAGUCCACGGCGAUAGGGAAAGUUCGAUUGUACGGAACCGACCCGGCCAUAAUAAAAGCGCUGGCCAACACGGGAAUUGGAAUCGUGAUCGGCGCAGCGAACGGCGACAUUCCAGGCCUGGCUGCGGACCCGAACUUCGCGAAAACGUGGGUGAACACCAACGUCGUGCCGUACUACCCCGCGAGCAACAUCAUCCUCGUGACCGUUGGAAAUGAAGUGAUAACCUCGAACGACGCGAGCCUUGUUAACCAGAUGCUGCCAGCGAUCCAGAACGUGCAGAACGCGCUGGACGCCGCCUCUCUCGGCGGCAAAAUCAAGGUGUCGACGGUUCACUCCAUGGCGGUUCUGAAGGACUCCGAACCUCCCUCCGCCGGAAGGUUCCACCCUGAGUACGACACCGUUUUGCAGGGGCUUCUGUCGUUUAACAAUGCAACGGGCUCGCCCUUCGCCAUCAACCCUUACCCCUACUUUGCCUACAGAAGCGACCCUGGCAGAGCCGAUAACCUUGCUUUCUGCCUCUUUCAGCCUAACGCGGGCCGAGUUGAUUCAAACACCAACAUCAAGUACAUGAACAUGUUCGAUGCUCAGGUGGAUGCCGUUCGAUCAGCGUUGGAUUCUUUGGGGUUUAAGAAUGUUGAGAUUGUGGUUGCGGAGACAGGGUGGCCCUACAAGGGAGACAACAAUGAAGCUGGUCCAAGUCUUGAGAAUGCUAAGGCUUAUAACGGUAAUCUAAUUGCGCACCUUCGAUCUAUGGUUGGGACUCCAUUGAUGCCAGGAAAAUCAGUGGAUACAUACCUCUUUGCUUUGUACGAUGAGGACUUGAAGCCCGGAGCCGCUUCUGAGAGAGCCUUUGGACUUUUCAACCCUGAUCAAUCCAUGAUCUAUGAUGCUGGCCUCACCAAACAGCAACAAGCUAGUAGCCCCGUGCCUGUAGUUGCACCGACUACUCCGGAUGUGUCAAAAUCUCCUGCGACUCCAAAGCCAACAACAGUUCCAAGUCCAACCAAAACAAAUAAUAGUGCAACUUGGUGUGUGCCAAAAGCAGGAGUGUCAGAUGCACAGUUACAGGCAAAUUUGGACUAUGCUUGUGGGCAGGGGAUUGAUUGUGUCGCAAUUCAACAAGGAGGGGUUUGUUUUGAACCUAACACUCUACUAAACCAUGCUGCAUAUGCCAUGAAUCUAUUGUAUCAAACUGCUGGACGGAAUCCAUUGACUUGUGAUUUCUCGCAAACAGCCAUGUUAUCAACGAAUAAUCCAAGUUACAAGAGUUGUCUUUAUGCUGGUGGAAAUGCCUAA